AUGAUCCGCGCCCGGCCCAAGCUCUACACAGUGGAAGAGGUUGCGCAGAACAACCACAGAAAAAGCUGCUGGGUUAUUCUUUCAGGCCUUGUGUACGAUGUUACUGAUUACGUGAAAGAGCACCCCGGGGGAGCAGAUAUCAUUCUGGAGAACGGAGGAAAAGAUUGCACAGUGAUAUUUAACACAAUCCAUCCAUGGAUCAACUACAAGAAGCUUUUAGAGAACAGACUCAUUGGGUACGUAAAGAAAGAGCCGCAGAAGAGUGAUGCGCAGAACAGCUAG